UUGUACACGCUGAGCUUGGCACGGAUCGGGCAAUCUGUGGCGAUUUUCUGGAGAUGUUGGAGAAGCAUGGCGUGGACUGCGAACCAUUGAAGGUCACGGGAGGGAACACAGCUGGUGUUCAAUGGACACCGGUCUCACAGGAACUAGAAUCGGCCGACGAGAAGCCUGAACAGGGAACUGUAGUGACAUCAGACGACGGCGUAGAUGACAAGACGAACAGCGGAGAAGUCAGCAAUAAGCAUCGCUUUAGUGUCAACCUAAGAAGUCCACCUAAGACCAAGGUUCUCAGGCAAACGCACGUCCUUAAAGACUGCGCUGAGAUCUUUGUGUCUCAUUCCAUAUUUGGUCACACACACAGUGGGUUGUACUCAAUCGAGCCUGAUCACUUUCGUGGCCCUGUUUCUGCAUACUGUGAUCAGACCACAGAUGGGGGAGGGUGGACGGUCAUACAGAGGAGGUUUGACGGGUCCCUCGAGUUUUUCCGUGGUAUGCAACCGUACGAAACCGGUUUUGGUGACGCUAGUGGGGAGUAUUGGUUGGGGUUAGGCUACAUCAGUAGCAUCACGACCCAGAACCCGCAAGAGUUGUACAUUGAGCUUGAGACCUGGGACGGUAAUGUGACAUACGCUAGGUACUCCACUUUCGUCGGUGGUAACACACUAAGCAUAGGGGGGUACAGUGGUACGGCCGGGGAUGCCUUCUUGACAGCGCACCAUGAUCAGACAGUCGAGCCAUUUGUGUUCCGUGCUCGCCAUAUAGCGCCCCCUAGCCCCUCGGGUGCUGACGGCCCACCGAACGCAAUGGUCGAAACAUACGGUAGUGGCUGGUGGUACGUCCCGUUUGGUUCCUUAUGCAACCUCAACGGGCCAUACUUCAGAGAUCCUGCUGAUUUCACCCGCGAAAAUGGUCAUGGCGUUUAUUGGAUAAGACCUUCUGAUGGCCCCUCAUCAGCCUAUGAAAACCCCUUCUAUUCCUUGAAGAAAACCAAAAUGAUGAUCCGUCCCACCAACUUUGGUUCUAGAGUCUUGAACUUGCACUGAGAGAGGAAGUA